UGGCUCCGGUGGGCACCUCCGCUCGGGAGAAGGCGGGUCGGACUGGCCGACUGUCAUGGACUGUUACCGCCGUCCGGUGUGCGGUGCGGACACUCCGGACACCCGCGGACACACCACAGGACACCGGACACCGGCCAGGCCGGACGGACAGGCACACCAGGAAACACGUCUUCGAUUGACGCGAGCCCUGGUCGUACCAGCGAUCCGCGCCAGUGCUGCUACCUAGCGGAGGACCCCUAAGCUGAGCCUCGCCGCCGUCCACCAGAUGGACGGUGUGCAGCAGGAGAGCUCUGAACCCCCCGCCAUGGCCGACGAUUCGCCAGCUGCGGGGCCCGGGGUCAUCGCUCCGACAUCAAGGAGCGAACUGUCCGACAUAUCCACCGAUACGACCAUCACCACCGCCACCAGCGGCACCAGCGGCACCAAUGACACCACCAGUGGUGUGGUGAGCGCCGAGGGGACCACCGACCGCACCGCCACCACCGCCGCCGCCCAGGCCACAUCUCACGUACAAGAGAUUAGCCAACAGAACAUCAAGAACCGGCUGAACGAGGUCAUCACGGAGAUCGAACGAGAAGUGGAGCAGGAGUUGGCGGGCGACGAGCCGGAGGAAGCUGGCGGCGAGCAGCGGGUGGCGCCGCCGGAAGGAGCGCAGGAGAUCGCCAGUCCACCCAUUGCAACGCCUCCCACUUCCCCUGAACCCGCGCACCAAUCAGCAGCAGCCGCGGAAGGUCAAGGUGAAUCGAACGACCAAUGGCAGCCGGACCCUACCGCCGUCAGCCAAUCAGUGGCCAGCGGAGUCGUCUCCGAGCAGAACAGCAGCCUAUCAACUGACGUUACGUCGAACCGAACACAUUUCGAAGACAUGCAACCUGAGCCGCACGUGCCAAACGUAGCAGCAUCCUCUGUCACGCCAACGCGUACGUCAAUGGUAAGCGCUCAAGCUCAAACGGAGCCGAUCGCAUACCAAGCAAGGGAUGGUCGCUUUCCCUCCCCAUAUACCUCCACAAACACCUCAUCUUUGCCGCGAGGCUGGCCAGGCGGCGGUGGGACCGCCUUCGCCAUCUCCGGUCAUCCGACUGCACCCGCCACCGCACACGAGGCCCCCGAACGGCAGCGGACUCCUCCAAUGAGCGCUCACGACCAGUGGAAGGCAAGAGAGGCCGCUGCUUCACCCUAUGCCACGCUCCCGAGGAUGAACAACGCACAGCCUCGCGGCUGGGGAGCUGGAACUGGUGCACCGAACAGGGGCGAUCAUCCCAAAAGAGUCCACUUUGCCGACGCGCCCCAAGUGGAGACAUUCGAAAACGAUGCUGAGGUCACGACUCGAGCACCUGAGGUCACUAUGAGACCUCGACCGGAGGCUGGGAGAACGCAGAGACCCGUGUCGGCUCCGGCAGCCGCCCAGCUGUUCACGAUUCCAAAUAUGGCUGCCAGACCGUAUGGAAGGACGAGUCCUUUGGUGGUGGCGCCUGUCAAACGGGAGAGUCCACCACCGCCGGCUCCGGGGGGAGGUCACGUCCAGGUGGAUGCAUGCGUGAGGGAGGAAUCAGAGAUGUCCUCGCAGCUGCCGGAGCCGGAACCGGUGCCGGAGCCACCAGCGCCUCCGGCCCCUCCCGUACAGCAGACGCACGUGCCGCCUUCGAAGGUCUUCACUCCCGCUCACGAUGAGCCAGUGAUACCUCACAAGAAAAAGACCAUGUUCGUGGACUCGGCGUUCUUCUCGCCAAAGGUGCACCCCACCUGGGAGCAGCAAGUGGAAAUGGCCAAGAAGAUCAGUUCCUCCCUCAGCGAUGCCAGUAACAAGCAAUCCAAGGGACAAUCGAUGUACGAACGGCGCAAGAAACGCAGCGUCAAAUGGGUUCACGAUGCUGCAGUGACGCACCAGGAAACUAUAGAAUCACAUGAGAUGACAGGUGGUUCCCAGUCGGAGAACGAGGAUGGCGCCGAAUCUCCGCACGUGCCGAAGGACAAGCCGCUGCUACAGUUGCUCAUGAACCCACACGGCCACGUGUACGACAUGAACGCGCUCAAAAAACAGGGCUGGAUAAUCGACAACAAGGGUGGCCUCUCGCCGGAGAUCUGCUCAGACCUCAUCAAGGACCUCAAUUCACCCACCGGGAAGGGUGCGCAAAUAUUCGCCAAGCGAAAGAAGCGAGCAGAGAAGUGGGUCGUAGACGAGGAACACCGUGAGACAAGAAAAACAGAUGAGUCCCAAGUGGACGCGCCGUCUCAGCCAAAACCCGCAGUUCCACCGCCGCAGCCGGCACAGCCUGCGCCACAGCCGGCGCAGCCCGCGCCGAAACCGUCGCAGCCAGCGCCGGCCUUCCAGCAACCGCCGGUGCAGCUGGCGCCGGUGCCUCUCCAGUCGCUGUACCAGCCACCACCAGCUCCCCUGUUCCCCAGUGGUGGAGUUUACGCCCCGCGUACCGCACACAGCUGGUCUGCCGUCCAGGAGCAGUCAGAAACUAAAAAAUUCAAGUCCACCUCCUCCAAGGCCUUCAAUGAGAUCACCCAAGGCCACGCGGUGACGAAUACGUCCCAGAGCUCAGCCAGAGAGUCCCACAACGUCUCCAGCGUCUCCUCACAGUCGAUGGUCUCUGAAUCUUACCAGCAGUCGCGUGAAUCUAGUCAGCAGUCGCGUCUCACACAGGCUAUGCAACAUGAAGAGAGUGAGAGCCACAGCAGCUCGACGCAAAUCUUGGAGACGCUAAGUUCCUCCGGCAUGUCUCGUCAAGAGCUGGAGCUUCGCGCCGCUGAAAAGGUGUUUGAAGAAACAGCUCGUCAGAUGGAAACAACCUCUUCAGAGCAGGGACGCCACUCACUUGGGUCCAUUGACAUCCCGGGUGAUGUUAACCUGACCUCUAGUGACCCCACUGACCUCGAGCAUCCCUAUGACCCAAUGGAGAUCGAUCCAGACGCUGGUCCUCAGUUAGCCUUGCUGAAGCCCAUCGACAAGCCCUUUGACUGGACUGGAGGGGUCACAGAGGUGGCUAAGCCUACUGCGAGUCCCGUCACUAAGCCUGUCGCUGAGCCAGUUGUGCCACUACCUGCGCUGAAACCCAUCGCGAAGCCCGCGGACUGGACCGGACCCCAGGAGUCCACCAGGUCCUCAGAUUAUGGAGUAGCAGACGAGGAGCCUAAACCGCUAGUGACUCUCAAGCAUGUCAGUCUUCCUGAAGAGGAAAAGGUGUUCGACAAUGAGCCUGAGCCAGAGCCCAAGCCAUUGGUCACCCUCAGACAUGUCGAGAAACCUGUAGAGCACUCAGCGAUUGACUUAGUAGAAGAAGAGCCCAAGCCUCUUGUCACACUGAAGUCCGUCCCCAAACCGGCCAUGGAGGCACCUCCCCUUUCGCUGGAUGACCAGCCCGCAGCGUUUGGCGCUCGACUGACCCCGUCUCGUCCUGCUGGAGGUCAGAGGCAGUCACAGCUGACCUCUGAGGUCAGCGAAGAGGUCAGCGGUGUUUGGGGUCGGGUCAGCGCGAUCCGAGAUACGUUCGACUCGGGCUCUCGCCCCGCGGUACCGAUGGAGAAACCCAGGGCACCCACGAUGGCCGUUCCGAACGCCUUCCAUCAGACAUCGUUCUCUGGGGUGGAGCCGAAGCUGGCGGCCACGGCGCCCAGGCUAGGAAAGUCUCGAGAGGCGGUCAGCAUGCCCGCCGCGCGGCAGCAGCAGGAGGAUCAGCUGAUGGCGUGGGGGGAUGCUGACGAGCAGACAAUGACUUCACCGGCCCAGUACGGCUCUGGACACACGAGAGACCUCACCUCAGACAUCGGCCAAUCAGCCGGCAUCACAGAAAGCUACAACCAAUCAUAUCAGACGUCAGAAAGCUCCUACCAAUCGCACACAGCGUGUGCUUCGUCCGAGUUCGGCCGGUCGGCGACAGAUGGCAGCAGCGGCGGCUGGUCCCAGCAGCAGCCAAUCACCACGCCGCUGGCCGGCGGGCAGCCAAUGAGCGCGCCGGAUCCGGUCGAUGACGUCAUGUUCCAGUGCGAGGUCGCACUGGUGGAGACAUCUGUGAAUCAAGAGGCGCUACAGGCGUAUCUCGGCGGUUCGGCGGGUCUUGGAUGGCAGGGAGGAGCCACUGAGGAGGCGAGACCCUUGUCCGCGCCUCCGGUCCCAGAGGUCACCAUGCGACGCCCGCCGGCCGCGCCCGCCCCGGCUGAGCCAAGCAUCGAUCACAUAACCAAUAGCCAGGCGGCGCCAGUGGCCUCGUGGGCCGAGCGACAGCGUAACCGGCAGUCCUGGACGAACUACAAUACGGCGCCACGCGGCUGGGGCAACCAGGACCACUUCUACCGGCCCGUCACCUUCACUCAGCCGCUCAUGACCCAGUGACGUCAUUAGAGAGCAAAUAUGACGUCAUUGGUGAGCGAGGGACUCGUCACAGGCCCGCGGUUAGGGUUGGAAACACGCUUGAAGUUACGCUGUGGAGUACAUUUCGUGAGGUAAUUUCGAGACAAGCGUGUGGACUGUGGAGUCGUGGACUGAUUGUGUGAAGCGUGACUUCACUGGAGCUGAGCUGCUGUUCGGUCCUAUGACGUCAUUUGGCCGAGGCGGCACGCGGGACAUUGUGACCGUCCGCGAUUUGUUGGCCCGCGGCGCUGGCUUGACGGCUGGUUGUUUUUCUGUCCGAUCCGUUUACGCCAUCUGUGAGGUCUGCGCAGUUAAGAGGAUUUGCUGGGACUGAGCCGCCGUGCUCCGCACUGACAACGGAUGGGCUCUUUGGUGUAUGAUUUGUGCUGGCAUUAGCGUAACUGGCGUGAAGCGUAUUUGAAUGUCAAUCCCGCGUGUGGUCCCUGUUGAAGAUAGGAUUUAGUAGUGUGGCGAAAUUAAUGCCCAUUUGCGACACCCUACCAUCCAUUAGGUGUAUGUAGCUCGUUUGGUGGGCUUGCCACUGGCACUGCUUUUGGUCGACUUUUACCUUUUCUGCCACUUCAAGAAUAUACUGUAUGAUGUAAUGGCCUACUUGCAAGGCUAGUCAUUUACGAAGGAUUGUUCUGAAUUAGAGGCGUGGUGGGGUGGCGUUUUUCAAUAAAACGAAACUUGAU